AUGAUUUCUUCAUAUGCCGGUGCUGAACUAAUUUAUGAAAUAGUACGUUACGAUAAAAAAGAAAAAACUAGAAUCAAAGUUGAUAGACCGUUUUGUAUUCAAGAAUACAAUAAAUUUAUGGGGGGAGUAGAUUUUAUGGAUCGUCUUAUAUCCCAUUAUCCACAUGGUUUUAAAAACAAAAAAUGGUAUCUCCGGAUAUUUUUUCAGUUUAUGAAUAUUGCAAUUGUGAACGCGUGGAUCUUAUAUAGACAAAGUCCAAACCCUCCAUUAUCUCUACUUCGUUUUAAAGCUUCAAUAGCUACUAGCUUAACACAGCUUAACUCUACAGCUGAACGUCUAAAAAAAAAAAAGAGGUCGUCCUUCAAGUUCACCAUGUGCUUCGCCCGCUCCAUUUACCAACCCAAAAAAAACUAA